AUGUACUUCUCGUCCGUCGCCACGGUUCUGCUUCCGGCAUUGAUUGCCAGCGUUGACGCAACUCGUCCUUUCUUGAACGAACCGGACACUGCCGCGUUCGAGCAGUACGGAACUAUCAACCAGGGAGAUGUCGACUCACUGCCGGAUGUCAACGACAUCAUUGGUCUGCAGGACUUUGAAUAUGUUGCUCGUGGAUACAUGAACAUCUCAUCAUACACCUACUACCGCGCCGGCGCCGCUGGUGAAUGGUCGUACAGGAAUAACUUGGAGGCCUACUCACGCAUGCACUUCCGACCGAGGACGAUGAUCGAUAUCAACAACAUCGAAUCGACCUUCAACACCACCAUCCUGGGCCACAACUUCUCAGCCCCAUUCUUCAUCGCGCCGGCCGCCAUUGCAGGAUAUGGCAACGAGACCGGCGAGGUCGGCCUAACCAGAGGCGCUGCACAGGGCGGUAUCCUCUACUGCAAUGCUCAAUUCAGUACUCGCUCCCAGGCGGACGUCCAGGCUGCCCGCGCAGAAGGUCAAGUCCUCUUCCACCAGCUCUACACCAACAUCGACAUUGAAGGUGCCACUCAACAGAUUCGCGAGGCAGAGGAGAACAACUUCCAGGCCAUCCUUCUCACCAUCGACUCGCCUGCGGACGCCAACCGUCAGCGUGCACUCAGAUUCGGUGUUGGCUCUGCUGAUUCCAGCUACACCGCCUUCACCUGGGACUACUACCAACAAUUGAGGAACCUCACCGAUCUACCAGUCAUCCUCAAGGGUAUCCAGACAUGGGAAGACGCAGUCAUCGCUGCCAAUCUGGGUGCGCCCGCAAUCUACUUGUCAAACCACGGAGCUCGUCAACUGGAUGGCUCUCCCUCUCCUUUUGAGGUCGCUCUGGAGAUCCACGAAAACGCUCCAUGGGUCUUCGAGAAAGUUGAGGUACUCGCAGACGGAGGCGUCCGCUAUGGAUCCGAUGUUCUGAAGCUUCUCGCUCUUGGCGUGAAGGCUGUGGGUAUGGGCCGCCCAUUCAUGUUCGCAAAUGUGUACGGCGAGGCCGGUGUCGCCCGUGCUAUCGAGAUCAUGAAGAAAGAGAUUGCAAUGGACGCGGGUAACGUGGGAGUUGCGAACCUCCAGCAGAUCAACUCGAGCGUUCUCAACUUCAAGAACUACAACCGUGCCUGGGGUCUUUAG